UCCCCUCGUUUUCCCAUGCUACAGCAUUAAAACUUUCUUCUUUGCUUACUAUUAUUUUCUUGACAAACCCUUUGGCAGCGGCAGUAACAGAGAAACAAAGAGCGGAGGAAAAUGGAGGGAGACACUGUGCUGUACCUGCAACUGCACAAGCUAUCAGCCAUCAAGUCCCAAGAAGACCUCGAAAACCUCCUAACCUCCCUAUGGAAAACACGUAAAACCGGCCUCCCUCCCCACCUCAAGUCCUCCCUUCAGUCUCUGCUCAAUCUUCCAUCCCCCGGUGAAGUCGACCCUGUUUUGGCUUGCCUACGUUCGCUUAUGAGAAAAUGCGUACAUGAGAACUUCACUGAUGGUGAUAUUUUGAAGCUAUUUCCUCCGGAUCUGUCUCUUGAUCUGCAAAGCAAUCUUAUUCUGUUAUUCCAAAAAUAUCAGAAUCAGUGGAAAGAGGAAAUGUCUGGAGAGCAGCAUCUAUUGCCAAGAACUAGCAUCUCCCACCAGGUCAAUGCGGGCUUGCUACCUUCUGUUGGAUCAUUCCUCUCGUCAGAAACUUUUGCGUCUUUGUGGCCUCGGCAGGAUGUGCCCUUUAAUCGAUUUAGUCAAAAUGAUAUUGGGGCUUCAACACGACUUACUGCUGAAACUAAUGCGUCACAUGCGAUUUCCAUCCCGCUUCAACGUGAUGUUGGUCCUACUGACAAUCUGGGAAUUCUACCACGGCUCAAGUCAAUGACAUGGACAUUAGAGAUUCGGAAAAAAACACCAACCAAGAGAGUGGCUGUCAUUAGUCUUAAGCUGCAAGAUUAUACCAACUCUCCUUCUGGAGAGACGGAGGUGAAGUUUCAGCUCACUAGAGAUACCCUUGAAGCUAUGUUACGAUCAAUGACAUACAUCAGUGAACAAUUAUCCAGCCUUGUUGGAUCUUCUACAGGGCCCUUGCACAAGAAACCAAGGCAGUGAUCAUCUUAGUCAUGUAAGGCCGGGAAGCAGUGCUUAUUUUUUUGGGAGUCGGGUUUUCCCAUAAACGCACUUUGAAGACAACGAUCAACUUUCAGUUCUCAACUGAGAACUUUGAUGGCAAAGGAGGACAAAGAAUAUCCUUGUCUCCAUAUGGUUAGUCAGAAGGAUUGUAACGUAGCGAUGAUGAAAGGUUGGCGAAUGGGAUGAGCUGUAGUUGUUGUGCUUUAGCAUGGUUUAACUUUGUAUUGGUGAUAACAUUAGUAAUAGUGUUGUGGACGAGGGUCGCGUCAGCUUUACGGGAGAAGUUGAAAAAGUUUUAUUUGCUAGGAAGUCGAGCAAAAAAUUGUAUCUAAACGACAACGGCAUCGGUUGAAGAUGUGGAGGAAGCGGGAAUCUCAUCGGGCGCAUGCCAGCACGGGUUUAUUGGCUAUGUGGAUCGAAUGCGAAAAGUUGAGGUUAAGAUUGAUGAAGAAGAUUAAGUCGUUUUACUUCUUACAUCUCUUUCAGACUUGUAUGAAUAUUGUGAUGAUAACUCUUUUGUAUGGAAAAUAUUUCUGGAAUAGAUUCAUGCAAAGUUAGUUUGUCA